AUGGAUUUGGACAUCCCGGAGGGCACACCCAACCGGGGGCCCAGUGUGCAGGCGCUGUUCAUCGUUCUGCUGGUCUGCACGACCUUGAUGACGGUGACGCGGGUGGUCUCGAAGAUCGUCACCAAGCAACGGUGGUGGUGGGAUGAUUUGUUUGCGCUGCUCUCCUGGCCAGCAGAAGUCAUCAUCCUCUCGCUCCUCAUCGCCUGGGUGCAGCUCGGGCUGGGGCUGCAUGAAGCCUUUGUCGCGGCGCAAGACCCGAGCCUCCUGACGCGCGGGGCGCGAUACUUCUACGUGUGCAUCUUCUUCUUCGACACCUCGAUCUGCUUCCCCAAGCUCUCCGCCCUCUUCCUGUACGCGCGCGUCUUCAACACGACCACCAACCGCCUCCUGCGCCUGCAGCUCUGGAUCCUCGGCGCCCUGGUGGUGGGCUGGCUCCUCUCCGCGGUGUUGGUCACCAUCUGGCAAUGUGAUCCCAUCCCCAAGGCCUGGACCCCGACGCUGAAGGGCAGCUGCGUCAACAGCUUCGCCUGGUACACCGCCACCGCCACCCUCUCCUGCGCCAUCGACAUCUGGAUCCUCAUCAUCCCCGUCCCCCUCAUCUGGCGCCUGCAGAGCAGCCUGCGUCGCCGCAUCUACCUCCUCGUCGCCUUCAUCCUCACCUACUCCGUCAUCGUCGUCUCCCUCGGCCGCAUGAUCGCCACCGUCCAGAUCAUCCCCAAGGUCGCCGACGACGAGACCUGGACCCUCACCACUUACCUCUACUGGGCCACCCUCGAGGGGAGUCUCUCCAUUAUCUCCAUCUCCGUGCCCAAUGCCAUCGCCCUCGCCAAA